AUCUUUACCUUCACAAGCAUUGAUAGAACACCGGUGAGCUAACGCACGAGCACAGUAUACUUCAUUGACAGGUACUCAGCCUCGCGCAUGGUGGACAAAACGAGAAUAUGUGCAUAGUAGAUUUAUUUACAAUCAUAUUGUAGAUGUACUUUUCAACACUAGGCUAUCGUUGAAGCUAACAUCAGCAUGUUCUCUGUCACCCUCUAUCGUCACAGCACGCGUCAAUAAGGUUAGAUAUCAACAGGACAGAUUUAGUAGUACAGGUUUAGAUUCACAAAAUGUUCGCGUUUAAGAAGUUGCCUAACUGUGUGAGGCACAGGAGCAUGUGGGCUCAUGUUCGAAACACUGUAACAACAUGGGCACCAGUUGGAGCUGCUUUCAGUGCCAAAACACAGACGAGGUUGAACUUUCAGGAGAAAAACGGGGGUUUGUUUGGAGUGCCAGAGCUCAGCUGUCCUGCUGGCUUCCAGGUGGCAACCCAAACAGCUCUCAAAAACACAGAGCGUCUGUUGGAGAAUGCUUGUUCUUGUGCUCCAGGUGUGAAGACAGUCGAGUAUUUUGACCAGCUGUCAGAUGGUUUGUGUAAAGUGGCUGAUCUGGCAGAUUUUGUAAAAGUAGCACACCCAGAUGCAGCAUUUCGAGAGGCUGCAGAGAAGACCUGCAUAGAGAUUGGAACGGUUGUGGAGAGGCUAAACACUAAUGUAGAGCUAUGCAAGAGCCUAAAGAGAAUGCUUGACAACCCUGACAUAGUGGCUCAGAUGGACCCUGAUUCCAGACGAGUUGCAGAGUUGUUCAUGUUUGACUUUGAAAUCAGUGGAAUUCAUCUGAAUGAUAAACUGAGGAAAGAGGCAGUUUCCCUUCACGUGAAGCUGUUGGAUCUGAGCAAUGAAUUUCUUGUUGGUGCUCACCUUCCAAAUAGAAUAGCAAGGUCUGUGAUCCCUGAGCAUCUACAUCUGCACUUUGCAAGUGAAGGAAGCUUUGUCCAAGUUGCAGGAUUGCAUGCAGACGCCCCUGAUGAUUUGGUGCGAGAACUUGCCUACCGGAUUUUCCUUUAUCCAAAUGCAGAUCUCAUGGAGUGUCUGGAAGAACUCCUGAAAUGUAGAUACAAACUGGCCAAACUAGUGGGCUACGAGACAUAUGGGCACAGAGCCCUAAAGGGAACAAUGGCCAAAACACCAGAGACGGUGAUGAGUUUCCUUCAACUGUUAACAGACAAGCUGUCAGAGAGAACAACUAAAGACUUUGAGAUGAUGGGAAACAUGAAGAAGAAACUCAACCCUCGUAAUUCUGAGCUCAUGCCAUGGGAUCAUCCGUACCUCAGUGGUGUCUUGCGUGCUGAAAGGUACAACAUAGAGCCAAGUCUUUACAGUCCCUAUUUGUCUUUGGGUGCCUGUAUGGAGGGUUUGAACAACCUCUUCUCUCAGCUGUAUGGUGUAUCCCUCAUGUCUGAACAACCCGCUGCUGGAGAGGUCUGGAGUGAGGAUGUCCGCAAGCUGGCUGUUGUACAUGAGACUGAGGGAUUAUUGGGAUACAUCUACUGUGACUUUUUCCACCGCCAAGAUAAACCUCAUCAGGACUGUCACUUCACCAUUCGUGGUGGCCGCUGGUGCCAGGAAACGGGUCAGUACCAGCUUCCAGUUGUGGUGCUAAUGCUCAGUCUUCCCCACCCAACCAAGAGAGCUCCCACCCUGCUCACCCCAGGCAUGAUGGAGAACCUUUUCCAUGAGAUGGGACACGCCAUGCAUUCCAUGUUGGGACGCACUCACUACCAACAUGUGACAGGAACCAGAUGUUCGACUGACUUUGCUGAAGUCCCCUCCAUCCUCAUGGAGUAUUUUGCCACAGACUCUAGAGUCAUCGGCCAAUUUGCACGCCAUUAUGAAACUGGACAGCCGUUGCCAGAGAGUAUGGUGGCUCGCUUGUGUGAGUCUAAGAAGGUUUGCGGAGCAGCUGACACCCAACUGCAGAUAUUCUAUGCUGUCUUAGACCAGAUCUACCACAGCACACCUCAGAACUGCUCCACCACAGACAUCCUAAAGGAAAUGCAGGAGAAAUUCUACGGCUUGCCUUAUACACCCAAUACAGCAUGGCAGCUGAGAUUCAGCCACCUGAUUGGCUAUGGGGCCAAGUACUACUCUUACCUUAUGUCCCGUGCUGUGGCGUCAAUGGUGUGGAAACAGUGCUUCAUUCAGGAUCCUUUAAACAGGGAUAUGGGUGAACGUUACCGACGGGAGAUGCUGGCACAUGGAGGAGCAAAGGAACCAAUGCUGAUGGUGGAAGGGAUGCUGCAGAAGCAGCCCACCAUUGAGGACUUUGUGGAUGCCCUGGUGUCUGAACUCCAACCGAAUUUUGAGACAUACAUCAUGGACUCUGAAACAUGAACAAUGCCUCUAGCAACAUGUGAAUGGACUUGAACCUUCAGGAGUCAAAGAGAAGUGUAACUGUAAAUGGUUUGGCUAUUGGAAAAACAUUUUCAUUUAUUACUGGUUUCCUUUAAUUGUCACUUUGACUUUUUUGGUUCAUAUUACUUUAUUUAGCUUUUAAUAAAAUGCAAUAAUAUAAUGA